UCCUUAAAAGGUGAACUCAAUACUCUAAUAAGAAGGUUAUGUGUUAAAAUGAAAAUGAAAAGAAAUCAGUUGAUUAAUGACAAACUAUUUCCAAUUCUACACUGGGAAAACCGGAGUUCUAGCCUUGCCUACAUCAUCUCUUAGAUGGAGACCAAAAGACUUGCAUUCAGAGUUUACCCAGAAAUAUGUUCUAAGAUAUGACAUAACAUUCCUCUGAGCAUUUUUAAUUUCUUCAUUUAGGUUUUUCUUGUUUAAUAAUUUUAUGCUGUUUUUGAAACCAACUGUUGUGAGUCCCUUCUUCCACAUUGCAUGCACACAAAGUCCCAAAAGUGAUGUCCAAAAAAAAUGGUCCGAAAAAUGACCGAAAACAGCCUGAAAACAAGUCUGAAAAUGCUCCCCAAAACAGGCUGGAAAAGAGCCAAAAAACAGGUCAAAAAUGAAGAUUUCAAAUCUUAAAUUACCUCUCUUGAAGCUGUACAACAACCUGGAUUUGAAAGGGGAAGAGGAAUUAGUAGUUUAUGAGGGCACACACUUCAGACCUCUUAAUAUCUCACAUCCAUUGUGCUUUUUACUGCCCGGCUGCACAAAUCUUUUGCUGGCAAACACAAAGUGAGCCUUCACCCCAAAGCAUAUUCCCCCUUCUGAAUUUGGAUUAUUAUACAACCAUAUGAAAUAGUAUAAAAUCGCACUACUAAGCACAGUAACACCUCAUAUCAGUACAUCUCUUUGCAAAACAGGUUGUGCUUUAAAACACAUAUCUGUCUCUAGCAUAUUUAGUUGGACAACAAGCAGACUCUUUGGAAAGAAAUCAAGGACAGGAGGGAGGAAAACCAAGAGACACCCCCCCCCCAAAAAGUAAUGGGGUGGGGUAUGGAGGAACCUUUAAGUAUAAGUAUAAAAGUCUUUUUCCCCCCCCAAUGACAACAGUUCUAGGAUAAAUCAGAUCAAUAAUAAUGUCUGUCCAUGUAUCUCUCCUGCUCAGCUUUUCCUCAUUAUCUGACUAUUCCAGAAUAUAGAUUGGUAGAUUGUCUAUUUUUAAGAUUCCAUAAUAUAAAUACUGUAAAGAGGAUUGAGGACAAUUCUUGUGAUUGAGAGAACUUUUUGUUUAUUUCACAGCUCAAUGACAGAGCAUAGAUAUUGCAUAUUCAGGCAAAGCAGAGCUGAGGAAAACUUCUGUUGAGAUCAUUGCGAACGUCUUUUCAUAAAUUAAGAUCCACAAAGGUCGGGAGAUUAGUGAUCCUUAGAUGUCUUUCUAUAUUUUUAUGCAUAAAGCGUGUUUCUAUUAGAGUCUUCCUUCAUAGAUAUGCUGCUCAGGAUAAUCUGUAAUAUUUUUUUUUUAAAAAGAAGACCAAAGCACAGAUCCCUAAAUGAUCUUAAUUUGCCCAUUUUUGACAGGGCUUUUUAAACUUGCAAUCCUAAAAAAAAUCCCGAACUGCAUUCUGGAAGUUAAAGUCUACACUUCACCUUGAAAGUUGCCAAAUUUGAAAAACACUGAUCUAUCAGAACAUCUUGCUCAAGGGUAUCCAAACUUGGCAACUUUAAGAUUUGUAGACUUAGACUUCCGGUUUGGCACCGUAGGUGAUGGCGGUGAUCUUUAUGAUCACCAACCUCUGGAUUAUGUGGAAUCGCUAGGACAGCUUAAAUCUGCUGUCCAGCGGUUCGGAAAACCCCCUCUUCGGGAGAAGGAGAAGGUGGUGAGCUGAGGGCAGAGGUUGAAUUUCCCUAAAGCCCCUGAGAAAAAAGGGGUUUGAAGGGUUAAGUUCCCUCCAGUAACCCGAAGUGCUCCAGAUCCGAGGAUUCUUCUGCUUUGGCGGAACCAAUCACCACGACCAAACGCCGAGAUUUAUUUUGGACAAUAAAGGAUUAUACCGGACAGAACGAAAGUGGGAGAACUUUAUGCAAGUAGCUAAGCCGAUUCCCCGAUACUUUGUAACAAGCUUGAAAACAGCAAGAAAAUGGAGGCGAAUUGUUAACAAGUUAACGAGUGGAAAGCGAAAGUGAUACUUUCAGCUUGCCGUCUGCAGUUGGUAAUUUGCAUGUUACUUGCUGCUUUAACUCUUUAACUCUUUGCUGCCUGCUGAUAGAAUCUAGGGAGAUUUUUAAAUAUUGCUUUAAAAGACUGUGUUUCUUAGAAGUUAAGAAGAUUUAAAGUGAAUAUUAAGUUGGAAAUAAAUAAAUAAAUAAUUUUAUAGAAGAUGGCAGCCAAACAAUUAAAGUCUACUGUAACAAAGAGCUCUGGAACUUUAUCAGCUGGUGCCUCUCCAGCUCAUACAGCAGAGACUAGAACAUUGAAUUUAGAGGCGUUACAAGAGAACUUAAAAGGCUUUAUAGAAGAAAAAUUUAAAGUAAUAACUGAUGAGAUGUCUGAAAUGAAAGAGCAGAUAUCAGAAAUUCAAGUGGGAAAUAAAGAAGUUAAAGAAGGAUUUGUAAUGGCAGUACAAAGUUUGGCAACGAAUGUGAUUUUAUUAGAAGAGGAGGUUGAAGAAAUUAAGCAACAUAAUUUAAAAUUAGAAAAUAAAAUGGAUGAAUUUCAAAGUAAAAUGGAAAAAACAGAGGAUGAAAUAGUUUUGAUACAAUAUAGAAAUAUGGAAUUUGCUCUUAGAAUCCGAGGUUUGAAAGAAAAUAAGGAAGAGAAUUUAAGGGAAAUUUUUUCUGAAGUAUUUGCUGAGAUAUUAGCAGCUCGUCCAGCAGAUGUGGCUUAUCAAAUUGAUAAAAUAUAUCGUGUGAAUUCUUGGAUAGCAAGGCAAAAAAAGUUGCCAAGGGAUGUUGUUAUUUAUUUUACAAAUAGAACAGUGAGAAAUCAGAUUUUGCAAGCCUCAUAUAAGGGGGAGAAGAUUCAGAUUGCUGGUCAAGAUAUUUUAAUAUUAAAGGAAAUUCCACCAAAAAUGUUAAGGGCUAGGAAGGAAUUUGCCUUCCUGGUGAAUGAACUUAAAAAACGUCAGAUUGAAUAUAGAUGGGAUAUUCCAACCGGUAUAAUAGUAUAUUAUGCAGGGAAAGUACAUCGUCUCAAUACAGUUGGAAAAGCAAGAGAAUUUUAUGUUGAGGCAUUAAAAGUUGGAAGUCUUCCCCCAUUGGAAGCUAGAAAAAGGGAGGCUGAAGUGAAGGAAAGAGAAGUGAAGCAGGUACAAGAACAGAUUAUGAUGGAAGAAGAUUUAUUACAAGUGUUGGAAAUACCUACGACGGGUUCAGAUUCAAAGGAACAAAGGCUGACAAGAGCUGCUGCUAAACGCAAGGAACAAGAGAUGAAGGCACAACAACAAUUGGCAACUACUACAACAGAAACAGUGGGAGGAGCAAGGCCUAAAGCAAAAUGUGAUCUGCGGCUGGUGUUCCAAAAGUUUCCUUUGGCUGAUAAUGGCAAUUAAACUAUUAUCUUGGAACGUUAAUGGUUUGAAUUCACCACAGAAGAGAAGGAAAGUAUUUCAUUAUUUGAAACAAUUUAAAAAUGACAUUACCUGUUUACAAGAAACACAUAUUAGAUCUUUAGACCAGAAAUAUUUGAUAAACUCAAAACUGGGGGUACAUUUUGUUGCCUCCUCUUUGGAAAAAAAACACGGUUUAGUUAUAUAUAUAAAAAAGGAUAUAUCAGCAAAAUUAAUUGAGGUGGAUAAGCAAGGAAGAUACAUUGCUAUUGAACUUUUGUUGGAG